AUGCAUCAACCGCCAACCACUGCCGCCUACGAUGCACCCCAAAUCAACGUGAACAGUGUCCAACUGCAAGCCGUGGACAACUACGUGGGCAGCACCCUCUCUCGCAGCGCCAAAAUCGACAACGAUGUGGCCCACCGGAUUUCCAAGGCCAGCCAAGCUCUUGGCCGUCUGCAUAACACAGUCUGCAAUUGUCACAGUCUCCACCUCAGCAUAAAACUGAUGAUGUACAAAGCAGUCAUCUUGACGACGCUGCUGUAUGGAGCGGAGACCAAGACGGUCAACAAGAAACAGGCGCGAAGACUCAACCGCUUUCAUCUCAGCUGUCUUCGACGGAUACCAAAGCUGAGGUGGCAGGACCGGAUCCUGGACACGGACGCACUGGAACGGACAGGCAUCCUCAGCAUCUACGCCACGUUGAAACAAUUGCAACUGCGCUGGAUCAGCCAUCUCAUGCGGAUGGACGACGAGCGGCUACACAAACAGGUCUUCUAUGGAAAUAUCGUCAUGUGUUAUCGUCGACAAGGCGGUCAAGUCCGGCGCUACAAUGAUACUCUGAAGACCUCCCUGAAGCGCCUGAAAAUCAAUCCGACCAACUGGGAGGACAUUGCCCGAGACCAACCCACCUGGACGAGAGUUGUGAAGACAGAUGCAGCGAUCUACGAGACAAACCGCAUCGCCACCACGAAAGCCAGACGAAAAGUCUACAAAUUUUAG